AGUUUGUAGAUUGAUUUUCUUCCACUAUAAACCACAUUAAAACAACAUGACAUCCGUAAGAAAGAGAAAGAUGAACCGUUCUUCGGUCAAGAAGAACACCAGAAGAACCAAGGACAAACAAAGAGACAUCAAUAUUCAUUCAAAUCCUAUCAUAGCUGCCAAUUGGGAUAAAUCUCUUACAUUACAACAAAAUUAUAAACGUCUUGGAUUAAGAGCCAAAUUAGGACAUUUAGCUGGUGGACAAGAACAAAAAGUUGAAAAGCUUUCCGAAAUUAAACUCAAGAAACAACAAAAGGAAGCUGAACAAGUGAAAAUUUCAGAUAUUGAACAAACUACCAAUCCUGAAGAGAUUCCUGAAGGUGAAGCUCGUUUGAUCAGAGAUCCAGAAACCAAUGAAGUUACCCAAGUGAUAUACGGUACCAUGAAGGUUGUACGUAAGCCAGAAGUUGAAAGCACUACUCUGGUAGUUCAACAAUUGGAAGAAUAUGCCAGAAAGAACUCUGAAAUUGUUAGAGAAAGAAAGCAAUCUGAUAGAGAAAAUGAUUGGUGUAGAUCUCUUUUCGAAAAGUAUGGAGAUGAUUAUGAAAAAAUGAAAUGGGACAAGAAGCUUAACAUUUAUCAACAAAGUGCUGGUGACUUAAGAAGAAGAAUCAUGAAGUGGAAGAAAUCCACCUCUGCUUAGGAUAUACAAUAGAGAAGAAUAAAAUAUAUUGAGUAUAAAAUAGAUGUAGUUUUUUUAACAUAUUCUUUAUUAUUGUCUAUAAAUAUUUACUGGGUACUAU